AUGGUCGACGGCCAAAGCACUGCUCAGGUCGGGAAUAAUUUCAUUUUCAACUUGACUGCGCCUGGUAAGGCCGACAACGAAGCGUCAUUCCAGGUCGACUAUUCUUCACUUCUUGGGCAUUUGUAUGUUACCGACCCAUUCAAUGACCUUCAGGCUUUGAAGCGAAAAGUCGAUCGAGUCCAAGGCACGUGCGAAUGGGUUUUGAACAUACCAAGCCUCCAAGCAUGGAUGAACUCCCCAGACGAUUGCUACGCCACGGAGGCAAAAUCGCAGGUCCUCUGGCUCCACGGAAAUCCUGGCCAAGGGAAAUCGACGAUGGCGACUUACAUCAUAGAAACAUUAUCCACUUGCAUCUCGGCAGAUGCGAAGAGAUACCUGAGCUAUUUUCUCUGCGACUCGAACUAUGCAAUCAGAACGUCUUCCAAAUCCAUUCUACGCGGACUUUUAUGGCAGCUGUGGAAUUCUUGUCCAGAAUUAAUUCCAGAGUACGCCAGGCGGCAUUAUGAUCAGCUCAGGAAGAACCUAUUCGACGACUUUGAUCACCUCUGGACCCUCUUCAUGGAGACGGCGAAAGCGAACGACUCCUGUCAGCUUUACUACAUCAUUGACGCACUGGAUGAAUGCGACGAGGCGUCUCGAGACGACCUUCUCUACCAGAUUGAGCACAUUUUUUCAGGAUCGGCUCGUACACCUUCCAAUAUCAACUUCCUGAUUCUCAGUCGGCCUUACGUUCAAAUUCGAGACUAUCUCGGCCAAUUCGACAACCAUAGCAUAGCAUCGUUUCCUCAGCUGCAGCGUGAUAUCGACCUCUACAUCGACCAUGAAGUAGAGAAACUGGCCAAGAUGAGACGAUACCCGAGAGUGCUCAAACAAAAGCUUAGUCAUGCUCUAAGUACGAGAGCCGAAGAAACAUUUCUAUGGGUCGGCUUAGCCUGUCGGGAGCUGCGACGUAUUCCCUCGGCCAAUGCGCUGGAGUUUCUCGAGCGCUUGCCCCGGCAGCUGGAAUCAAUUUACUCACAAAUGUUUGAUUCCAUUCUCGGCCCCGACGCCCCUGACGCCGCCGAUACCACGAAGAUCUUGUCCUUCGUGGCUACUGCUGUGCGCCCGUUGACUCUGCUGGAGCUAUCUGAGGCAUGCGCUUUCGACACGAACGAAGACGAUGUCGAAGCUAGGACACAGUACUUGCGCGAUCGGAUUGAAAAUUGUCGCCUAGUAAUUGAUAUCGUCACAGUCAGAAACCGUGACUUCCUUGAUGGGUUACAGGACUGGAGCGACAGCGACGACUCGACCUCAGAAGCCUUGCUCGAGAGUGAACGAGUGGUUCUAUUACACCAGACCGUGAAGGACUAUCUCUUCACAUCGCGGCGGGAGCAGCUUAAUGGCGGCGAACAACAUUCACAUGCCAUCAUGGCUUACAGGUGCCUCGACCAAAUCAACAACUGCAUGCCAGAACGAGGUUUGGCUGGCUAUGGCAACUUCUUACGGUAUUCAAUCGAGUACUGGCCUCAGCACGCGCGGCUGGCCCAAUCGUCAUUUCACGUUCAAGACAAUCACGGUUCCUUCUUUUCAGACCCGUCUCCAGUACGAGAUAAAUGGCUACUUCAGAGGAAUGACGGUCAGCUUUUCAGUAUUUGGAGCUCAGCAAAACACGAGCUGCCACUUUUGAAUGUGGCUGCUUUAUGGACUAUUCCUAGCUUAGUCGACCAUGUCUCCCAGAGAAGCUCUCGGGGAGUCACAUUCGACGUUAAGCUGGAUGACGGAGAAGAAGAAGGAUCCCUGACGAAAUCUCCACUAACGGAUGCCGUACAAGGCGGCUGCGUAUACACAUUUCAAAAGCUUCUACACUUUGGCUUGCCACUCACCGAGUUAGCCAUCGAAUCUGCUUGGACAUUUGAGCGAGAGGCAAUAAAACGCACCAUACUACAAACCAGGACACACGAAAUUGUCCAGCAAGCCGAUCUGCAAAAGUCUGCCGCAAAAGUUUUCAAUGCUGGGGAGAUGCGUAUUCUCAUGGAUCAUCCCGACUUCACCAUCUCGCAAUCAAUACUACACGGUGCUAUGGCCAAUGAGAAUCAUGGUCUUGAAGUGCUUGAGUUGAUUGUGGCCCAGUCUGGAAUUGACCCCAAGAUUCUCUUGCAGCGCACUAUCACAGAGUCUACCACCGCGUCCAUUGAGUUUCUCAUUGAUCGGUUUUCGCUUAACCUUAACGGCGAACAGUCUCUGAUUGCAAAAGCUGCCGAAAAUUGGGAGUCUGGCCCAGCGAUAAUUAAUCUUCUCUUUCGCCGUUUCCCCAAUAUCGAGAUAACUGACGACAUUAUUCUCGCUAUCGUCGAGUUGGGCGAUUUCAGUGAGCAACACAUCUCUGAGACCUUGAAGAUAAUCUUCGACAAGCUUGGGCCAAAACUUCAAAUAACGAAUCGGGUACUUUUGGGUGCCGCCCGAGCCGAGAUGCCCGAUGAAGAUUUUGGAGAUGUCUUCAAAAUUGUUCUACAGCAUGCCAGCGAGGAACUCGCAAUUACACACGAGGUCGUCAUGUCUGUGGCUCAGAACCCAAACGCAUGGGCUACUAUGCCACUGCUCUUGAGUAGCCGUGAAGCAGAGAUUUGCAUUACAGAAGACAUUCUAUGUGCUGCAAUCCCAAACAUGGAAAAUUCAUACUCAGCUCUGCUCUGCAAUGCAGCCAAGCACUCUAUAAAAAUCACCGAGAAAGCCAUAGCGGCUGCUGCAAGAGAGUCUGAUAGGGAAGGUUUCUUGCAGGUAUUGAAUGCGGCCGACGCCAAUUCCCGCAUCACCCAAGAUGUUCUUCUUGCCGCUGCCGCUAAUGACGGCAAAAACGGGGUACAAAUCAUGUGGCUUCUGCUGCAUGAAUCUAUGAAUGCGGAUGAAAUUGGCAACGAAUUAGUUGAUGAGGUUUUGCUGGGUGACAAGUGCGACAUCAUGUCCGUUAUACUCAAACGGCGUGGCGCGAGGAUUCGCCUAAGUAAGGGUCUUGUCCAGGGUUGGAUCUCCAACGAACGAACUCAAGGGAGAGCAUUGAAGUUCUUGUUGCAAUACAAAUCAGCCGAGCUCAACAGCAUCCUGGGCGCCAUGUCUGCGGAUGAGCAGGCAGAGUUUGUGGAACGACGGGACCGACUUUUCACGCGGUUUGAGCGAGACUCUUGGGAAGAUAUAUUCAAGAGGCGAGGUGAAUAG